AUGAGUUAUGAGCGUCAGGCUAUUUCAUUGCCGAACUUGAUCGCUGAAGACUUGAUACCUGAAUAUGUUAGUUCUUCUUCAGACGAGAGUAAUGGGUCUGACGAUGUCUUUGACACAUUUGACGAGAGAAAUGAAAUCGAGUUCUUCAGCAUAAUGAAACAGCGAAAAUCUGAUGACAUAAACGAGUGCUUCGGAGAAGAUAUCCUGACCAGUUCUACAAGCAAUUACAAUUCUGCAUCAGCUACUUCAGCGUUGGAAACAGCUUAUCUUGAUAUUCCUGAAGACUGUGAACAUUUUGAGUUCCUGCGCGGAAGUACCAACGCAUCAGAACCAGAGCUACUGGAAGUGUUGCCUCAAAAUGCGAUGGAAUUGAAGAAAGACCCUGAAAAGAAAAAGAAAGAACUAUAUAUUUCGCUGGCGGAACUUGAAAAACUCUCGCUCGAAGAAAACGAUGCUGAGUUUGAGGAGUGCGCGGAGAUUUUCAAGUUAAAGACUUGGAAUCAUGUCUCACUGUGGAAGUGGGACGUCGAUUGUGAUAUUUGUGCGAUAUGCAGAGUUGUUGUAACUGAACCCUGCCUCAAGUGCCAAAGCAGCGGAAAGGGCGCCGACGAAUGCGCCGUGGUUUGGGGCGAGUGCAAUCACAGCUACCACAACUGUUGCAUGUCGCGAUGGGUCAACAGUGCCGGCUCUGGCAAUUCACCGACUUCAGAAAAUUGGCCGUUUUCAGAUUUAGGACAACUCCAAUAUCUUGUUGAAUACUUAUCAACAGAGACAAUCAAAUUUUCUAAUUUCAAUGGAACAUGGGAGUCUUUGUUCACUCCUGAAGUCGUUGUUGACAUCAAUGGAGUGAUGACAUGGCUUGGAAGAAGUACUGCUGGAAAGAUUUGGAAUUUAUCAGGCUUUUACGGACGCAUCAAGAGACUGGUGGCAUAUUUAGAAAUCGGCGCCGUGACUGCUGCAGUGAAUGAGAUUCAAUCAUUCACUCUAUUCGAGAUUCUAGCUCAACUAGGCAACGUCGAUUACGCCGAAGCGAUCUCGUCAUAUUGCAUGGGAAAUCCUUUGUCCGCAGCAUUCAUCUCGUUAGUCUUCAACGACACAAAUUCUUUCCAAUUCGCAGAGUUCAACGCCCUUAGAGACGCAAUAAAUAGUGACAUCAACGAUUCCGAUUCCAACACAAUAGCGGUCUACGCAGCUGAAAUCGUAACUGGUGGACUCAUCGGCAUCACGGAGUCCGUCGGUCUUUCUUUGCCACAAGAAACUCUGACAGGCUACGCAAAUGCGAUUCUAUUUUCUUUGAGCUCACCAAAUGUCACAAUUAACGAGGCCCUCAGUUUUUUACCAAAAGACGUCUUGUUGACCGGAAGCCUCCUCUUUCUUACCAACAAAGAAAACUUUCCACAACUAUGGGAGAACUUUUCUAAUGCAGUGAAAAGAACUUCACUCAUAGAAUGGAUUGAAGUUUCUCUAAAACUAUUGCCAGAAUAUAAUUACCUCAUCAUAACUUCCGCAUCUAUGGCUUCAGUUUUUGAAAUAUCUGCUGGAAUACAGGAAUUUUAUUUUACUCCUACUUCAUUGUUAUCAGAAGAACUCGCCCAGCUUCAGAUCAGUAGUAUCAGUGGAAACGCGACACUUGAAUUCCCAAAACCACCCUCCGGCUUGUUGCAGGGCAACACGAAACUUUGGGGACGUGCUGAUGAAUGCUUAGAGGUGUUAAUUGAGAACAUACACGGCGAAUACUGCUUGGGCACAUUUCCCGUCGCACUUAUGGGCGUUGUGUUGCCCAUCGAGCUAGGAGUCUGCGUUCCAGAUACAUGCUCCGACGUUGACCUCAAUCAAAUAAUUCAUAAUGGGCUUGAAUUUGUAGAAGAUCUUCUCUUCUCUAUUGACCAACUUAUCACGCCUUUUGCUGAAAUAAACAGGACAAUCGCCGUUCCUGCAGAACCUAAAGAGUAUUUUCGGUGUCAUGAGCGGUCAACUCGCAAGGAAAGGACAAAAAACGAUCCUCUUUGGUCUCUUGCGAUAGCGAUUGUAUGCAUAUUUAGUAUCCUGUGUAUCAGCUGCACUCUAGUGGACUUAUUUUUCGAUUUCUUUAUGCCACUUACUGCAAGUCCAAUCGAAAUAAGCAGAAACCCGUCGAAAAGGCCUGACGAUCAUUUGCAGGGAGAAGAGAACCCUGCGUUCUCAAGCGAGGGGCUGAGACAACGAAGAAAAGACAAACAUUCUGUCAUCGAGAGACCUGAGGUGAAGGCGACACCACCGCCACCGCUAAAAGCACCGAAGAUACCUUUUUAUCGUCACUUCGUAGGAUUUUUCUCUUUUUUCAAAAAUACUGCCAAGCUGCUGGAUACAAAUCGAGGACCGAGAGUCAUCAAGUCAAUCGAUGGAAUAAGGGCCUUCUCCCUAAGUUGGGUCAUUUGGGGCCACUCGAUUUACUAUGCCGCUGGAGAGUGGGACAACUUGCUUUUUCUUGAGAGUGCUUUUGUUGACCCGUUUUAUCAGCACAUAAGUAAUGCAAUUUUCGCGGUGGAUUCUUUCUUUAUGCUCUCUGGUUUUUUAACCGCGUAUCUGCUAAUCAAGAAAUUUGAGAAGAAUUCAAGCUGCGGGUUCUUCGUACAGCUUUAUGCCCACCGAUACUUUCGUAUAACUUUGGUCUAUCUUAUUAUCAUCCUUCUCUAUAUGGGCUUGCUCGGCAGAUAUGGCAUCGGCGCGAGAGUUCAUUGGAGGAGUGACAAACUCGUUAAACAAUGUGAGGACUGGUGGUGGAGGAAUAUUCUUUAUGUUACAAACUUAAUCCGAAAUUGCGACGAAAAAGGUGAUUGCCGUGUCAGUAGUUGCUUGGGUCAUUCUUGGUAUUUGUCAAACGACAUGCAGUUCUUUGUUUUCGGGGUGCCGCUGAUUUACAUCCUGUCGAAAUUUCCGCGUGUUGGACUCGGAGUUUGGAUAGGGAUCCUUUUGACGAACAUUUCCUAUUUAAUUUGGGUUGCAGUCGCAAAAGAUGUGACGACUAUCCAAAGCUCCUACGUGGCUCUAUCAGGACCAGUCUAUACGGCUUACUGGAAUUUAUACUACAACCCGCCUUGGUCACGAGUAGGGCCAUACGCCGUUGGUGUUAUCGGCGGUUGGUUCUUGAUUUAUUACCGCAAAACAAGUAGAAAAGUAAAUAGAUGGCUUAUGUUUGGGCUUUGGAUUUUCUUUGCUGGAUGCUCUUUAGGCUUAAUUUACGGGAAAAUACCAAUGGAAAAAGACCCAGAAAAAUACAUGAACUCACCUAGAGACGUCAUGUAUAUAGUUUUCGACAGGAUAAUAUGGGCAGCAGCUGUUUACUUUGUUCUUUUUGCCUGCGAAAUGAAAUCAGCCGGUCCAAUAAAAUCGAUUUUGGAAUGGAGAGGAUUUGUUGUCAUCUCCAAACUGAGCUAUGUUAUGUAUCUUCUUCAUCCUAUAUUACAGACGUCAUUUUACGGUAAUCAGCUGACUAUGGCGCCGAGAGAAGCACCUUGUAACCAAUGGUGUGCCAGAGCAAUGUUACGAGAACAGGCAGAAGCUGGCAGAAUCUUGGUUAGCCUCGACACUCAAAAUGAGUUGAACAACGCACAACGUCUUCGCAGUGUGCUCUCAGAGGAGAGGGACAGGUUGAAUCAAAUGACCGAGACACAGAGAACCACGUAUGAACAGUACAGGAAUAGUUAUAUUCGAGAACUCAAAAUCUCAGAGAAGAGACGGGAGGACGAGAACGCUCGAUACAAGAAGAAAAUCGCCUCACUAAAAUCCGAAUUAGCCGCCUUGGAACAAGCGCUCGCAGACCACGGGAUCCCAAAGGAUGGAGAUAAAAGUGUCGAAGAAAGUAACUCAAUAAAUGAAGGAUCUGUCGACCUCAGCGAAAUUGGCCCUUGCAUUCACAGCGCAGAUGGAGACCACCCUCACUUCGAGUUCAGUGAAGCCGAUUCCUUCGACUCGGCUGAACUAGAAUCCUUCGAAGCCGAGGAGAAAACUCUCUACCGUCGAAGAUCUUUUGAGAGCAAGCAGCAGAAGCUCAAGGAACGGGAGGAGAAGAAACGGGAAGAGGAGAAGCAGAAGAAAAAGGAGAAGAAGCAAAAUGAGCAGCCGCCUAAACGAAAGACAAAGUCACAAACAAAGAAGAAGACAAAUAUGUCAAGAAACAACAAUCGCUGUAAGUCCAGAAGCUGUUACGAAAGCCGAGCUGUGAUGAAAGAAAAUCUUAGAGCUGGACGGAAUCUUUCGGACGGAAGAGUUUUCGAAUUCUGUGAAUACGAAACCGGCCUUAAAUGCAUAAGAACACUGGAAGAAGAGCGUAAAGAGUUCGAGGAAAUCUUUGAAACGCAGAAGAAAAUGCACAAGAAAGCCGUUAAGGAAUUCGUGGAUAUGAUAAAACUCUCCGAGGAGCUGAAAAACAAACUUGACAAGAAACUCAAGAAACUUCAAAGAAAGAGCACAAAGCCCCUUCCGUCCUUUGACAAUUCUUCUUCGUCUCCUUCCGAAGAGAGUGAGGAGGAGGAAGAAGAAACUUUCCUCUUGGAAGAAAGUGAAGUAGAAACUCUAGAAGAAAUUACCCCGCCAGAGAAGCCGGGCAGAGACGCAGAGGACAAAGAGAAAGGUCCAUGCAUACACGACCCGUCCGGAGAUCACCCGUUAUUUGAAUUCAGUGACGCCUCUGACUUCGAUUCAGACCACUUUGAAAAGUACAUAGACAGUUCAAAAGUCCUUUAUCGCACGAAGAAGUCGAAGAGAAACUGA